AUGGUCUUCACGGGUCAUUGCGCUGCAGAUGUCGCACCGAUGUGCCUCGUCGACCGCAUGAAGCAACGUUGUAGGGGUCGGCUGCCGUCCCUGCUCAUGUGCGCGGUGCUCUUCGCGCAGCUUCUCCUCUGCAGCACCUCCCUGCCCGUCGCGGCCGACGCGACCAUCACGCCCCUCCUCAACAUCACCUCCACCGACAAGGCGAACCCCGAUGAGUACUACAAGAUAUUGCUCUCCCAAGACAUCACCAUCCUUGCGGGCAGCACCACCGUCCUCAGCAACGACGGAGUCGCCUACCCGAACCUCAACACAGCUAAAGGGCUUCGAUCCGUCUUCCAGGUUCCUGAGGCGCCAAGGGUGCAGCGCGCUCCUAAGCGAACCAACACGGCCUUGAAGGCCUUCCGCGCCGACGUCCUGUCGGAGUUCCUCGUAGCGAUGGCACUCCUCUACCUCGACUCCACCGGCGCGCUGCCCUUCGCACGCACGGCGCCGAUCCCGUCCACGUACCUGCCAGCCUCCUACACGGGCGGCGCCAGCUUCGUCAACCCGUCGUUUCCCACCGUGCCCAUCACCCUCAACAUGCUGCUGCAGCACGUCUCCUCGCUCACCGAGACGGGCCUCGACCUUUGCGCCGAAACGGCGCCGUCCGGCACUGUGCCGACCCUCUCGGCCUUUGUCAGCUCCCUCUUCUCCACCACGACCACAACAGUGUUCAGCGCUAGCCAGCCGGGGCUGUCUACCAGCUACGCCUACUCGCAUGUCAACGCGGCGAUCGUCGCCUACGUGGUCGAGCAGGUCUUGGCUGCAUCGACGAACUACUCGACGCUCUCCGGCAUCGGCGAGUUCGUCUUCACCGUCGUGAUGCCGCCGCUGCGGCUGUCGAACACGUUUUUGCUGAACCGCAACGGUCACGUCAUCGACGCGGCCUACCCCUUCAGUAGCGGCAGCAACCACCACACGGUGGAUCACGUCGCCCGCCAAGUCCUUGACGGCCGCAGCACCAGCAUCCCGGGCAGCGUUCCGAUGCAAGCCUCAUACUUCUCCGGCUACAUGCUCUUUACGACCGCCGCAGACGUGGCGAAGUUGGCGGCAGAGGUGCUCGUGCCGGGCGGCCUCUACCACACGCGAAUUGGUGCCAUGAUGCUUGAGAACAUGGUGCCCAUUGCCGUGCCCACGAUGCGCUACACGGAGGCACGCACAACCGGCCUCUUCCUGUUCAGCGCGAACAAGCUGUGCUCUACAAUGUACGCCGCCAUCUCCUACAGCGGUCAUGCGCCGUACUGCCGCUACAGCCCCGCGACCGUGUCCGAGUCAGCGCCGCCCUUCGGGCUGGUCGCCGCAGGUGGCGCGGAUGAGCUCGCCAUCGUGUGCGUCCCCGUCGUGCGCAGCAAGAAAACGUUCUGCUCAGUCGCGGAGCUUUCCUUCUCAGGCACAGCCUGCAGCAGCGGCAACGCGGCAGCGGCGAGGGGCCGUGCCGUCGGCCUUGCCAUGGUGAGCCUGGCGCACUUGACGAGUGAGCCGAUGCCAGAGGCGUCAGCCCCGCCGCAGCAGCCGACAGCUCACACGUUUAACGGGUGGUUCGUGUUCCUUGGGGUGGCCGCCACACUGGUGGUCGUGGUCGCCGCCUCCUACAUCACUGACUACCUCAUCCAGCCGCCGCCGCCAGCGAAGAUUAUAGCACCCGUCGUGGCGAGUCAGAUCGGCCUGCGGAGCGGCACCGCGCUGAACGACCCCGUCGGCGGCGGCGGCACAGUCGGCCGCUCGGAAGUACCCGUUGACGGUGAGUCCCCCGAGGCGUUCCGCGAUAACGGUAGAGACCAUGAUGCGGAGGACUUGUACAGUGGUGCAGACGACGAGGAGCAGACGCCGUACCUCGCGCGUAGCGGUGGCCCUGCUCGCGGCAGCUCGUCACUGCGGCGGCGGCGCCGGCGCCCGCGCCCGCGUCGGCGUCGUGACAACGGCGAGCAGAAUUCGGCCAGUGACGACUCCUAUUCUAGUGGCGACGAGAGCUGGGGCGAUAACCUGGACAGCGUCGAUCGCGUCUCCACGGGGUCGCAGCGGCCGAACCCGAAAAGUGCUCUGCGGUUUGAUGCCUACAUAUAG